GACGACGACGACGACGACGACGACAACGACAACGACAACGACGACAAAAACAGCAAAUAUGAUCCAACCCAUCUCGUCAGUAGAUGGAGUUGUCGAAGAAGACGUCGUAGCAGAAGGAAAUACCUCGGUACAACAAAAACUCAACGGCGUGGACGACACACACCCUAUUGCAGUCAGCGCUCUUAUCCAUCGCAGUCUACACAGCCCGCCACCACAGGUGGUUAGCGCCAAAGGUCAAAUCUUGACAUUUUCAGAUGGACGACAGAUCUGGGACACAACAUGUGGUGCGGCGGUAGCGUGUUUGGGCUAUGGAAAUCAGAGAGUGCAGCAGGCUAUCAUUGACCAAACGGCCAAGUUCUCCUACGUCAACUCCAUGUUCUUCGGGACAGAUGUUGCUGAGCAAUUGGCAAACGAGGUGAUUAGGGGAACAGGUGGGAAAAUGUCAAAGGCAUAUUUCUUGUCUUCUGGUGAGUUUUUAAGAUCCAAUACCCAGAGUGGGAGAGAGAGAGGGGGGGGAAAUCCAUAAAAUUUGAAUGAGCAGUCUUAUAGUCUCUUUGGAUUUGGACGUACGUUUCGACUGACAAGCGAAUUCAGGCUCGGAAGCAAUGGACGCAGCCAUGAAGCUAGCACGACAAUAUUACCUCGAAGUGACACCAGCGCAGCCAUCACGCAUCAAUUUCAUCGCUCGACAGGGUUCCUACCAUGGAAACACAUGGGGUUCUCUCGCCAUGAGCGGACAUGUGGCGCGCAGGAAGCUGUUUGAACCCAUGCUCAUGACCAACAUUGGUCGUGUCUCGGCUUGCUAUGCUUAUCGAGGCAUGAAACCCGGUCAGACCGAGGCUGAAUAUGUCCAGACUCUGGCCGACGAACUUGAUGCCGAGUUUCAGAGAUUGGGUCCAGAGACUGUUAUUGGGUUCGUGGCUGAACCUGUAGUCGGUGCGACUCUAGGAGCCGUCCCCGCUGUCCCAGGGUAUUUCCAGGCUAUGAAGAAAGUAUGCGACAAGUAUGGAGCGUUGCUUAUUCUAGAUGAGGUCAUGUCCGGCAUGGGACGAUGUGGAUCACUACACGAAUGGCAAUCCGAAGGGGUUGUUCCCGACAUUCAAACAAUGGCCAAAGGUCUAGGAGCUGGAUAUGCACCGAUCGCGGCAGUUUUGGCGAAUGAACGUGUUGUCGAUGCUUUGUACAAGGGAACAGGGGCAUAUUCUCACGGCCACACCUAUCAGGCAUAUCCGGCUUCAUGUGCGGCAGCGCUUGAGGUACAGAAGAUCAUCAGGGAAGAGAACUUGAUUGAGAAGGUCAAGUCACUGGGUGAUUAUCUGGGUGAGACAUUGCAUGAGCUGCUCGACCCACAUCCUCAUGUCGGUGAUGUUCGUGGAAAAGGUCUCAUGUGGGGAAUUGAAUUCGUCCAAUCCAAGCAUGACAAGUCAGCCCUCCCACGAAGUCAGAAUGUGGCUCUACGGCUCCAUGAAUUUGCUUUGCAGCCCAAGUACAGCAUCUCGUUGUAUCCCGGCAGUGGCAGCGUAGAUGGUGUGUUAGGCGACCAUGUACUGUUGGCUCCGGCUUUCACAGCGACCAGGGAGGAGAUCUUGAAAAUUGCCCAGUUGACCAGAGAUGCUAUUUUUGAUUUCUUUGAAUCCGAGUCAUAAGGAACAGGCUUGAUCAUGGGUUUUACUGUGACUAUGAACCCAGGGCGUUGUACACUUCGCACAGGUGUGAAGAUGGUCAACAAGUCCACAGCAUGACAAUACUACUCCAAGUCUGUUGCAGGUAAUUGGCACAGACUAUUUAACUGGCUUGCAUUUAAUACUUGAUCGGGUCUUUGGUAUCUAUGAAACACAAAUCACAAUUGGGGAGGUAAAAGUGCAUGAUAAGAGGUGAAUGACGGCGAGCAUGUCUCCGUUAGCAGCUCCAUGACGAG